GAGCAUACAUGAGGAGCCACAUGCAAAGAACAACCAAUAAACAACAAAGAGACAAUAAAUACAGACAAAUGGUGGGUAAUGAGCAGCAAAAGGACAAUAAAUAUAGUCAAGUUCCAAACUAAUAUGAAAGAGAUUUUGAAUAAAAAUUUUUAAUUUAGAUGGAGAUAAAUGAAUGGAGGGAGUACUUAAUCAAGUGGCAACAACGUCCAUAAUAAUAACAAUAAUGAUGAUGAUAACAAUAAUAAUAUUGAUAACUAAUAAAUAAAAUUAAUAAAAAAGGUGCUUGCAUUGGUCAAUUUAGGCCCUAUCAAUAAAUAGCAUGGACAUCCGUUUAAUCUUCUCAAAAAGAAAGAAAUUAUUUGAUGAAAAACAUAACAUAAAGAAAUUUUGGCCUUACGAAUAUAUGGCCUAGAAUAGCACCGGCAAUCUUUCAAUUUUUGGACUAUGACUUUGACUGGCAGGAGCUAGGAAAUUGCUUCUCCAAUCUUUUCAUGACACACCAGUCACUCAGAGGACAUCAAUCACAUAAAGGUAGAUUAACUUGUUAUAUUACUUCAGACCAAAGCGCUCCUCGCAAAGAAGAACAGAUAGAUCCAAAGCAAAGCAAAGCAAGAAUCUUUUCAUGGCCAGGCUUGACAUCUCCGGCAUCCAGAUAGCCAUAACCCUGCUCGUUUUUACCCACAUCAAGAGCUCCACAGAGGCAUCUACCCACACAAAUAAUACAUUCAAGAGGUGCAUAGCCCAUGAACGGUCAGCUCUCCUCGCCUUCAGAGCUGGCCUUUCAGACCCUGCAAACCGCCUGUCAUCAUGGGGGGAGGGAGAUAACUGUUGCAAAUGGAAGGGCGUCCAAUGCAGUAACACAACAGGUCAUGUUGUUAAGCUCGAUCUACAAGGCCCGGACUACUACAACUGUGUUAAGCAGGUGCUUGGAGGUAACAUAAGCUCCUCACUUGUUGCUUUGCAGCACUUGCAGUAUCUCGACCUUAGCUGCAACCGGUUCAGCAUGGUGAAAAUACCUGAGUUCCUGGGCUCUUUACAUGAAUUGAGAUAUCUCGACCUGUCGAUGUCCAGCUUAGUUGGAAGGAUACCACCACAGCUCGGUAACCUCUCCAACUUGCGUUACAUGAAUCUUGAUUCCAUUUUUGGUGACACGCACUCCACUGAUAUCACCUGGCUGUCACGGUUAUCAUCCCUUGAGCACCUCGACAUGAGCUGGGUGAACCUCAGUACCAUCACCAACUGGGUUUCCGUCGUGAACAUGCUUCCUUCUCUUGUGAGUCUUGAUCUUUCUUUCUGUGACCUUAGCACCUGCCCAGAUUCUCUUUCGGAUUCAAAUCUGACAUCUCUUGAAUCUCUCAGCAUUUCGGCUAACCGUUUCCACAAGCAUAUCGCACCCAACUGGUUUUGGUAUUUAACUAGCCUCAAGCAACUUGAUGUCUCAUUCAAUCACUUGCAUGGUCCAUUUCCGUAUGAGUUAGGGAAUAUGACCUCCAUGGUGCGACUUGAUUUAUCAGGAAAUGACCUUGUGGGCAUGAUACCUUCAAACUUGAAAAAUCUUUGUAGUCUGGAAGAGUUAUUUUUGUCUAACAACAUCAAUGGUAGUAUAGCAGAAUUUUUCAAACGUUUACCAAGUUGUUCAUGGAACAAAUUGAAAACAUUGGUUGUACACUUCAGCAAUCUGACAGGAAACCUACCAGCCAAAUUAGAAACCUUCAGAAAUUUGGCAUGGCUUGAUCUUGGUGAUAACAAGCUCACUGGUUCCAUGCCACUGUGGGUAGGACAGCUCACGUAUCUAACUGACUUGGACCUAAGCUCCAACAACCUCACCGGUCCCGUGCCACUGUCGAUAGGACAGCUCACAAAUCUAAGAGAGUUAGACCUAAGCUCCAAUAACCUAGACGGUGACUUGCAUGAAGGGCAUUUGUCAGGGCUAGUAAACUUGGACAGCGUGUCUCUGUCUGACAACUCCAUAGCCAUCAGAGUGAACUCGACUUGGGUUCCUCCCUUUAAUCUUACAGUGCUUGAACUUCGGUCAUGCAUCUUGGGGCCUAAAUUUCCAACUUGGCUCAGAUGGCAAACAAAUAUGUACAGUCUCGAUAUCUCAAACACAAGCAUAUCUGACAUGGUUCCAGAUUGGUUCUGGACAAUGGCUUCUUCGGUUUACUAUCUGAACAUGAGAAGAAAUCAAAUUAGUGGUUUUCUAUCACCUCAAAUGGAACUUAUGAGAGCUUCUGCAAUGGAUCUAAGUUCUAACCAGUUCAGUGGUCCAAUACCUAAGCUCCCUAUUAAUAUAACUGAACUGGAUCUUAGUAGAAACAAUUUAUAUGGUCCACUGCCAAUGGAUUUUAGAGCGCCCAGGCUUGCAACACUUUUUCUAUAUAACAACUCCAUUUCUGGCACUGUCCCAUCUUCAUUUUGCAAGCUGCAGUUGCUAUAUUUCUUAGAUAUCUCAAGUAAUAAUCUCACUGGAUCGCUUCCUGAUUGCCUGGGCUAUGAAUACACAACAAACAUGACAAGUUUGCAUAUUCGUACUCUAAGCUUAAGAAAUAACCACCUCUCUGGUGAAUUUCCAUUAUUUCUCCGAAACUGCCAGGAACUCAUAUUCCUUGAUCUGUCAGAUAAUCAAUUCCUUGGGACUUUACCGUCAUGGAUUGGGGAUAAGCUACCAUCCUUGACUUUCUUGCGGUUAAGGCAUAAUAUGUUUUGCGGUCACAUUCCAGUGGAAUUGGCGAAUCUGAUUAAUCUUCAGUAUUUGGACUUUGCCUACAAUAACUUCUCAGGUGUCAUACCAAAAUCUAUUGUCAACUGGAAGAGGAUGACACUAACAGCAACAGGUGACAACGACCAUGACUAUGAAGAUCCACUGGCUUCUGGAAUGCUAAUUGAUUCAAUUGAAAUGAUGGAUUAUAAUGACAGUUUUACUGUAGUCACAAAAGGUCAAGAGCAGCUAUACACAGGAGAAAUAAUUUAUAUGGUGAAUCUGGAUUUAUCUUGUAACAAUCUUACUGGUGAGAUACCUGAAGAGAUCUGCACUCUUGUUGCACUGAAUAAUUUGAAUUUGUCAUGGAAUGCCUUAAGUGGAGAAAUUCCAAGAAAAGUUGGUGACUUGGCACAAGUAGAAUCCCUCGACCUAUCACACAAUGAGCUAUCCGGUGAAAUCCCCACAAGCUUAUCAGCUCUCACAUAUUUGAGCCACUUGAACCUGUCAUACAACAAUCUAUCAGGAAAGAUACCAUCUGGAAAUCAGCUGCAAGUGCUCGAUGGUCAGGCAUCAAUCUAUGUUGGCAACCCAGGUCUCUGCGGUCCUCCUCUCACAAAGAAAUGUCCUGAAACUAACUUGGUCCCUGCUGCUCCAGAAGAUCACAAGGAUGGAAGCGACAAUGUUUUCCUUUUCCUUGGCAUGAGUUCCGGAUUUGUGAUAGGGCUCUGGACAGUCUUCUGCAUCCUAUUGUUCAAGACCAAAUGGAGAAUUGCUUGCUUCACAUUCUAUGAUACAUUGUAUGACUGGGUUUACGUGCAAGCAGUUGUUGGCUUGGCCUCUCUGACAAGAAAAAUGGAUACCAAGAGUUGAUAUCAGAAUCUGCUACUCAUUUCGUUGCUCCUUACUUGAUGUUGUGAUUUUAAAUUAUGUAAUCUACAUUUAUUGUUCAAAAAAGUAAGUGUGUUUAUAUAAAUUAGAAAUGAUCCGUGGGAGUGUUGUAUGGCUUCACCUUUGGCAUGUUCAUGGUUCAUGCUUUGAAUUAACUAAUCUACUAGAAAGACAGAUGAGGCUUUGCCACGCCCU